AUGCUAACUUCACCAAAGAAGAAACCGACCCCCGGGUCGAAAGAAGCCUCCGACGAGAAGAUCACCGCCACCAGCACCACCGCCACCGUCUCCUCCUCCUCCCAUGGCCCUCGCUCCGCCGUAAGCAGAAGCCGAAGCAGCAUUUCCAGCAUUAUAUCGCCACAACCAGCACCAGCUGCCGGCCCCCGAGGCCAAGAUGCCCAAGACAUCUUCCGACAAGGGAUUGGGGGGUGGUUGACGACGCAGAAGGUUGAACUUGGCAAGGAUGAUUCCAAGAUGAUUCAUGUACAACUACAUAUUCAAAUACAUGCUAUUCUCAACAGUCUUCCACGCCAAGGUGGUCACGAUCUUGCCCUUAUGAAUGGGACAACAACUGCAUGGAACAACAGAGCCUUCUGA